UGGAUACAGUUCCCUCCUCCGCUGCGAAGUCAACGCACAUGCUCAGAUCAUUCUUCAGCCCUGAGAGGUUGCUGUCAUGGCGGCCGCCACGCGUGUGCUCAAGAAAGGCAUCAGUCCGUCUUUAGUGGUGAUUUUAGGAGCCACUGGAACUGGCAAAUCCAAACUGGCUAUCGAGAUCGGGAAAAGGCUUAAUGGGGAAAUUAUAAGCGCCGAUUCCAUGCAGGUUUACAAAGGGCUGGACAUCAUCACCAAUAAGGUUACCGAGGAGGAGCAAGCCCAGUGUCGCCAUCACAUGAUCAGCUUUGUGGAUCCGUUAGUUAGUGGAUACACAGUGGUGGACUUCAGGAACAAGGCUCUGUCUCUCAUCGAGGACAUGCAUCGUCGGAAAAAGCUUCCUAUCAUUGUUGGAGGCACAAACUACUACAUUGAAUCCAUUUUGUGGAAUGUGCUCAUCGACACUGGGCAGGGGAGUGACACGGAAUCAGAAAAGGCUGGGGCUCCUGAAUCAAAGGUGGAGCUUGAGAAAGUGGGUGGUCCUGAACUUCACAGACGAUUGAAGGAGGUGGAUCCUGACAUGGCCGCCGUAUUACACCCUCAUGACGCACGCAAGAUUGCAAGGAGUCUGCAGGUGUAUAUGGACACUGGAGUUCCACACAGUCGGCUUUUGGAGGAGCAGCGAGGGCAGGAUGGAGGAGAUUGUCUUGGGGGUCCCUUGCGGUUCCAGGACCCUUGCAUCUUCUGGCUACACUACAAAAUGAAUGCUCUGGAUGAGAGGUUGGACAAGCGUGUGGAUCAGAUGUUGUCGCUUGGGCUGAUUGAUGAGCUCAGAGAUUUUCACCUGCGCUUCAAUGAGAAGAAGAUCAAAGAGAGCAGUCAGGACUAUCAGCAUGGCAUAUUCCAGUCUAUAGGCUUUAAAGAGUUUCACGAGUACCUGACAGCAAGUGAGGACAUCAGUCAGGAAGAACGUGAUAAACUGAAAAGUAAAGGGGUUGAGUCUCUUAAGCAGGCGACUCGCCGCUAUGCCCGAAAACAGAACAAAUGGGUCCGCAACCGAUUCCUCAAGAGACCUGCUAGCAAUGUGCCUCCUGUAUAUGGUCUGGAUGUGACAGAUGUGACCAAUUGGGAGACUACGGUACUUACUCCUGCUCUAGAGAUCUUGGACUGCCUCCAAAAGGGAGAGCAGCCAUCUACACAGCCAAUCAGAACUGAGGGGGUGGAGUCUCGCAACAAACGGAGUCAUCACAUGUGCGAUCUCUGCGAAAAGGUUAUCAUCGGUGACUUGGAAUGGACAGCACACCAGAAGUCCAAAAACCAUCUUUAUCAAGUCCGCAAGAGGAGAAAAGCAGAGCAAGCCACAGAUCAGGUCACAAACCCUACCGAACAUCAAAAUGUCAGUGACGGGCAGGUACCUGUACUAUAGCGUCCACCUCCCCAGCUCUGAUAGGGCUUAUUGGGGUCAAGCUCACAGAUGGACCAAAGAAAUGAAGGGCUCGUAAUGUAUUUUUCAGAUCAAUAUAAGAAGGUGCUUUCAGAUUGAUUGGUUUGCAGUGAGCACCAGUGAUACCUCAACUUUCCCUGUGGAGUAGCAGAACACACUUCAGGGUCUGUGAUGUUUAGACACAUGGAUUGAUGGUUUUUCCCAUCUGCCACAGACCAGGGGUUACGGCUAAUGUCUGGAUUUGGAUUCUUGCGCUGGACAGAUGUCUUCCCUGCUGCUGUUUUGUCUGAGUGGUGCACUUUUUAACCACGACUGGUGCUCUUUUAAACCACACUGUGGUGAGCCUUUCUAACCUCUUUGGCUGUACUGACUGAACUCAAAAUACAUCACUGCUGAUGUCGGAUUACUGGAUCAAAUAUUUCCCUGCUGAUCAAGAAUGGAGGUUAUUUUUUUCAUAAUUAAAUCUGAUGCCGGACUUUAUUUGGAAGUCUUACAUUUAUAUAAUCGUCUGAUCAGUUCGGGUCAGCACAUAACUAUGACUUUAAGCUUAUGUGGACGUUCUUUCCUCAGGAUUCCCAGUGCCUUUGAUUUUUCUGUGACAACGUCCAAUCAAAAACUUUUUUACUCACUCGUAUGCCUUUCCAAACACAUUCAUUCUUUUCUGGAACACAAAAUGAGACCUUUUGAAUAAUGUGCACACAGCUCUUAUCCAUACAGUAAAUAAAUGAUAUAAUAUAGCAUCAGAAGACUUGGAAUAUAGCUGGAGUCGUAUGGUUUUAUGUUUCCUGCUGGAGCUUGUAUGGAAAAGAGCAGCGUGAACAUUCUUCAAAAUGUCUUCUUACGAGUUCCAUGAAAGAAAGAAUGAGGUUUAUAAAUUACAUUUUGACUCAACUACAUUUGCUUUUUGGUUUGAGUGUUUUUAUUUCAAAACUUUUAAAGAAUGAUCUAUCACUGCAUAAAUUAUGUAAAUGUAAUUAAAGUGCUUUUUAUAAUUUAAA